AUGUCAGCACACUCUGCAGAUGAACUUGAUAUUGAUAUCAAAGAACAAGAUCGUUUUCUUCCUAUAGCAAAUGUCGCCCGUAUAAUGAAGAAAGCACUUCCUGAAAAUGCAAAGAUUGCUAAAGAAGCUAAGGAAUGUGUUCAAGAGUGUGUCUCUGAAUUUAUUUCAUUCAUUACGAGUGAAGCCAGUGAUCGUUGUCAACAAGAAAAGCGAAAAACAAUCAAUGGUGAAGAUAUUUUAUGGGCUAUGCAAUCACUAGGAUUUGAAAACUAUACGGAAGCACUAAAAAUCUACCUUGGCAAAUACCGUGAAGUAAGUGUUUGA